AUGGACAUCCCGGGCUCUCAAAACCCGACUGACGCGAGCUGCUCGCGCGACGCCGCCAUGAUGCAGCUCUCGACGCUCCUGAGCCUCGUCCGAGAGCUCUACGAGGACCUGUCGUCCGGCGCGCGGGGGCUCGUCUACACUGCCUGGACGGCCCUGAUGGGCGAGCUGGCGGCGCGCAUCGGCGCCGACCCGCACAUGAAGGACCUGGCCGAGAUGAACGCGGGCGCGGCCAUGGUGCGGCCGUCGUACGGGUCGCGGUGCUUGGGGCGCAAGACGCAGGUGAGUAAAGAGGUGAAACAGGAGAUGAGGGAGGAGCUGGAGACGUUCAGGGACGAGGCCAGUGACGUCUGGGACCUGCUGAACCGGGACGCGAAGUCCCUGAUUACGAGCCCGUGGUCGAGGUUCUGGGACGAGUUGGAAGCCAUCUGCAAGGAUAAGUGUCAGACGGUCGUGCGCGCCUCUUGA